AACUGUUAAUGAUAUAUAUAAAAGAUUAGAUGAAGAAAACACCACAUUGAUAAAAAAUCCAGGAAAUGAGAAAGAAUGGAAAGAUUUUUAUAAUACUACCCAUUGUGAAUUAUUUGAUUUUACAAAUUAUGAAGAAAUGGUUUUUACACAAAUAUAUCAAUUAUUAAAAAAAAACUUAGAAAAUUCAUCUGAUGUAACUAUAGAAACUAUAAAAUCCAAAAAACUAUUUUACGAUAAGAUUAUAGAAGACGCUAUAAGCACUCAGCCAAAAAAAAACUUAUCUGAUGCAGCAAUAACAAACUGUCAACCAAUAUUAAGAAAAACAAGAAUGAAAAUGAGAUUUCUUGAAGAAGGCAGACCUGACAAGAUAAAUACGAAGGAUUAUACCGAAUUAUAUGAAGAAUUUACCCAAAAGAUCAUUAUCAAAGCGAAAGAAGCUAAAGAAGCAACUGAAAGAAAUGAAUGGAAAAAAAUUGUCAGAAUUUAUUAA